ACAUGCUGUUUCUGCAGGACCGUGAAACAGUAAUGGUAAGAGGGCUAUUUAUUCAUUCUGCUAAAUAGAAGAGCUCCAGGAACAAUGGCUUCCAAAGUCUCAUGUUUGUAUGUCCUGACGGUUGUUUGUUGGGCGAGUGCUCUUUGGUACUUAAGUAUAACACGUCCCACUUCAUCCUACACAGUCCAUAAAACUUAUGACAGCAUCUCAAUGGCUAGAAAAAAUGUCUCUUUUGGCAAUAUAAGGACUCGACCAAUAAAUCCUCAUUUGUUCGAUUUCCUCAUAAAUGAGCCAGAGAAGUGUGAGAAGAAUGCGCCCUUUUUGGUCAUUCUCAUCAGCACAACACACAAAGAAUUCGAUGCCAGACAAGCCAUUCGCGAGACGUGGGGGGAUGAGAAUAACUUCAAAGGCAUUAAGAUUUGCACUCUCUUCCUACUGGGUAAAAACACAGACCCGGUGUUGAACCAGAUGGUAGAACAAGAAAGUCAAAUUUUCCAUGACAUUAUUGUGGAGGAUUUCAUUGACUCCUAUCACAACCUGACCCUGAAAACAUUAAUGGGGAUGAGGUGGGUGGCUACCUUUUGCUCCAAAGCCAAGUACAUCAUGAAAACGGACAGUGACAUCUUUGUAAAUAUGGACAACCUUAUUUACAAGUUGCUGAAACCCAACACCAAGCCAAGACGAAGAUACUUCACUGGCUAUGUCAUCAACGGGGGCCCGAUAAGGGAUGUCCGUAGCAAAUGGUACAUGCCGAGGGACUUGUACCCCGAUAGCAACUAUCCGCCAUUUUGCUCAGGCACGGGCUACGUUUUUUCAGCCGAUGUAGCAGAGAUGAUUUAUAAAACCUCCCUCCACACUAGACUUCUUCAUCUUGAAGACGUGUACGUGGGACUGUGUCUGCGGAAGCUUGGCAUCCACCCUUUCCAAAACAGUGGCUUUAAUCACUGGAAGAUGGCAUACAGCCUGUGCAGGUAUCGGCGUGUUAUCACGGUACAUCAGAUAUCACCCGAGGAAAUGCACAGGAUUUGGAAUGAUAUGUCAAGCAAGAAGCAUCUCAGAUGUUAGGACUUGUUAUAGAUGUAAAUACUUUGUUUACUUGCUUUUGUUUUUCAUCUGAGUAGAGAAGAAAUGGAAAUCUUAUAAUUAGACAAUGGGAUAUUGUCUUCCCAGGAGGGGGAGUUUUCAAUAUGUUGUGUUUGGUUUGUUUUUACCACUUUGACAUCUGAGUUACCAACUGCCGUCUAUUCCUAAUGGUUUAUUUAUAUCAGGCAAAAAGGCUAUUGAGUUACAUCUCUCUUCUCCAGUCUCACAACUGUCUGCUCAAGGCAAAUGACCCCUAAACAUUGUAUAAUCUAUUCCCAUCAAGCUUCUGAAAUAGAAGCCAACCUUGAAAGGAGGGGUGGGCAAUUUGAGGGUCCCUGGAGGGGAAGCUCUUGCACAUAAACUGCAAGUUUAUGGUUCAAUCUGGAGAACCUACCCUUUUUGUUGUUUUUAAAGGAACUUCAUGCUCAUUGAAAUGAAUUUGAAUGUGCAGAGCUGAGUAGUUUUACUGUAGCUUUCUUGAUGUUGUUCUCUCAAUGCACACUGAAGAUCAGUUUCAAAAUGCAGAGUUUGCUGGUAGUGCAAAGAGAAUAAAAUCCUUUCAGGUUAUAAAGCAGAAUUCCGAAGGGGCCCCUG